AUGUUGACCUGUCUCCUUAACCAAAUAAAACUCCAAACAAAUCACCAAUAUAAAGAACAAAAACGCCACUAAAAGAAACUUAAAAAUCGUAAACGAGAUUCCAUUCUCCAAUUGAUACUUAGCCUACCCGUUAAACAUCAACAAUCAUCACUGUAUUUAUACAACGUUACUUUUUGGCAAUAGGAACUAAUAUCCAAGAGAAGUGGAGCAACUGGUAGAUCUUAAACAUAAACAGCUGCUGAACAGGAAAUUCCAGUUAAAUAAACUACUGAUUUCUAGACCAUCUACCAACGUAGUUUAAAAGCUAACUAUGUUCCUAAAAUAUCUCACAUCAAUGCUCAAACACCUCCAAAAUAAUAGAGUGUUCCUAGUCCAGCCACUCCCCUAAACCAUUAAUUCAUUUCAUAGAAUAUAGAGAAAACACUGCCCAUUCAUGCCAACAUUGUUAAUAAGCAAAAAGAGAAAGUGCAAAUUUACAUAAGGAUUAAGCCAAACCUCACAAACGAGAAGUCCGUCGUCAAGAAGCUAUCUAAUCAGCAUCUAGCAGUCCAUACAUUCGAGGAUACAAACCGACAGUUUGAAUUCGAUACUAUUCUAGAUAAUUCCUCAUAAGAGGAAGUGUAUAACCUAACCAGUAAGUAAAUUGUAUCAGAUUGUAUUGCCGGAAAGGCAAAUGGAGUAGUAAUUGUCUAUGGAUAAACAGGAUCUGGUAAGACUCACACUAUGGGACUUCUUGAAUAAUCAAAAGGAGUUAUCCAAUUGGCUAUGUCUGACAUAUUUCAGCAGAUUAAGGAGCAGAAUGAAAAUGGCAGCAAUUUUAAAAUCGAAAUGAGUUUCAUUCAGAUAUACAUGGAUAAAAUAUAUGAUCUAUUAAACAACAAUGGGUAAUAGUUGUAGAUAAGAGAAUCCAAAGAUUCCAUUCCAUAUAUACAGGGAGCUGUCUAAAUUUCGAUUGAAGAUCAAAAUGAUGGAGUACAAUUAGUCUCAUUUGGGAUCAAAAACAGAGUAGUAGCAUCUCAAGUCAUGAAUGUCAAUUCUUCAAGAUCACACACACUUUUGACAAUUUAUAUAAAAAAGUAAGUUUAAGAUAAAGUUAUCUGUUCCAAAGUUGCCUUUAUUGAUCUAGCUGGUAGUGAAAGAAAUAAAAAAUCAUUAUCCAAAGGCUUAAGACUCGAUGAAGCCACUUAUAUAAAUGAAUCUUUGUCAGCCUUAGGAAAUGUUAUUGCAGCUUUGGGAUAACCUAAUUAAUAGCAUGUUCCAUAUAGGGAAUCAAAAUUAACCAGAACACUUCAGGGAUAUUUAACAGGAGAAUCGCAGAUUUCCCUUAUAUGCACGAUAACAAAAUUAGCAGAUAGUACUAAUGAAACCCUUUAAACACUGAUGUUUGCAUAAAGGUGUAAGGAUGUGGUAUUGAGACCAUAAAAAAUAAUACCAAUAUAGGAUGAAGAAACAAUGGACAAUGGAGAUCUAUUAAAAUAGAUAGCUGAGUUAAAAGAAACGAUUAAAGAUAUGCAAGAAUAAUAGCAAAAAUAAUAAAUAUCAUAAUAAAAUUAGCUAUCAAAAUAAUAGGACAAAGAUUUCCUAAAAUUUCUUAUCAAUAUCAUUCUGAAACUCAAAUAGUACACUUUCAGUAACAUAUCCAGUUGCCAGCUCUAAGAAAAGUAGGCUUUAGCAGAAAAAUUCUUACAGGAUAGCACAUAUUAUUAAACCAUAUAAUUCCCAAAAGAAAUUUAAGUCAUGAUGAUGGAAUAAAUAUAAUCAUAAGAGAUCGAUUAAUAAAAAGUGGAAUAAUGUCUGGAUGGCAAUAAAGAGCAAAUUAAAGAUCUUGCUAAGAGCUUUACCUAAGAUAUUCAUUAUUUAGUCUAGGCAUUCAAACAAUAUUCAGAUAUGCGUUAUAAUUAUAUUAUUGAGAAAAUACUUGAAUAAUAUAGACAAAAGGAAAUUUAAGUUUGGGCUAAAGGUUUGGCUUAUUUAUUAAUAACUGUAAAAUAACUUUUAAAUUAAUUAUAUGAGAUCAAGCAAUUUGAUAUAGCCUCAGACAUCUAUUUGGAAGGAAUUAAAUAAUAAUUAUAUCACUUAAUCAAUGAUAAAGGAACUAUGUAUAAAUCCCCAUAGAAGAUUUGUGACCUGAUAGAGAAAUUCUAUAGCUCUGAAACCGAUUUUAGUUUUAAUCAAAUGAAAAAAUUCUCAAGUAGUCUAAACAUUCCAUCAUAAACUAUGUCUGACAAAUAUAAGUAAAAGAUAGAAAAAUUGAUUGGCACUUAUGGCUAAGGAGUUAAGGUUGUCAAACCAACUGAACCUCCUCCAAUAUAUCAUUCCCCUUCUGUCAAUGUUUCCACACUAAUUCAAAGUCGAAAAUUCUAAUAAAAUCCAUUUAAUGAUAUAUCUUCUUUGACUGAAUAAUAGGCUGCUUCAUCUGUUGAAGAAUCAAAUUUAAGAGAAGAAGUACAUGUGAUACCCAAUAAUGAAAGCCUACUUUAAGGAAAAUUGAGAUUCAAAGAGGAUGAAUUACUGAUUUAUUCCAGAAAUCAAAUGGCAGCGCAAAUGGCAGCAAGAAAAAAAUAGUUAAAAUGA